GUAAGUUGGCAUUCGGGAUAAUCGUCUGGCUGUUUGGCUUCUGGAUUGAGCCAGAAUAAUUAAUUAUUAUUAUUGGCACCAGUUCUGCCUCAUGUCGUCAUGGAGCCGCCUUAGUUGCCUUAGUUGCCUUAGUCCCGUGCCGGCGCAUACCGUAUGGUUACACGUAUCUUGGUAUUAUUCACCUCGAAUACGGCAAACUGCCAGCCAGAGAGUGAAUACCCCGGAAACACUCGAUACGGUGGCUGCGCUGCCAACCAUGCGGUGGAGAUGGGCGGAAACUCUUUCCACGGGAACGCAAGGGAACAGGGAACAGCAUGGAAGAGAAAAUGGAAGAAAUGACAGCAGAAGAAACUCACUCAAGCCAGUGCGAUGCCAGUGGAAAGCAGAUGGAGAUGAAAACCACUCCGCCUGAAUUCUCGAUUUCUCGAGUCACGAUGCUGUGAGUCUGUGUGACAGGUGGCCUUAUCGGGCGGUGUUCGCAGGCGAUAUCGACACUGACACUCAGCCAGUAGAUAGUCAGCAUAUGGUACAACGGAUGGAGGCGCCACUAUCUAGUCAGGGCAAAUGGCGUAGCAGAAGGGGAGAAAGAG